GAGCAGAACUGUGGCAAAGCAGCAGCAGCAGAUCUCAUUGGGCAGAGGAGACCUCCAUUUCCGCCUCUGCUCUCAGAAGCUCGAAGGUUCUUCCUUCUGCAUCAUCCCCUAGGAAGCUCACAUCCUUCCCCUUGAGGUCCAAGCGCCCCUACUGCCCGGGAUCAGACUGUUCCAAGGGACCCCGAGACGAGACUGUUGGAUCGGGAUAGCUGCCCCCUCCCUGCCUGACUCUUAAGGGGCUGUCCGCAUCCGACGGGGCCCCGAAAAAAAGCGGAUUCAGCUCAAAGUCAAUAGCCCACCGACAAAGUUCAAUCAGAUCCUCUGGCCCUGCGCAAAUGGCAGCAAACGGAAAGCCUUCAGCUCAAAAGAGGUAUGCGGUGAUCACUGGUGCAAAUAAGGGCAUCGGUUUUGAGACUGCGAGACAGCUAGCAUCCAAAGGAGUGACUGUAAUCCUGACGGCGAGGAAUGAGAAGCGGGGAUUGGAGGCAGCAUCAAAGCUCCGUGAGAUGGGGUUCCCAGAUGUGGUGUUCCAUCAGCUCGAUGUUUUAGACCCGACGAGCGUCGAGUCCUUGGCUCUGUUCAGCAAGGAGAAGUUCGGAAGUCUCGAUAUCCUGGUGAACAAUGCUGGAGCUUCAGGAGUCAUAACUGAUGAAGAUGCGCUAAGGGCACUGAACCUAGAUCCUGCAGAUUGGCUUGCUGGUAAGGUUGUCGACUUGUUGCAAGGAGUGAUAAGGCAGACUUAUGAAUCUGCUGAACUCUGCCUGAACACAAACUAUUACGGUGUAAAGCGAGUAACUGAGGCUCUCCUCCCGCUCCUUCAGCUCUCGCCCUCAGGUGCACGAAUAGUGAAUAUUUCCUCCCUCAGGAGCGAGCUACGAAGAAUCCCCAAUGAGCAGACAAGGAAGAAGCUCGGUGACCUGGACACCCUGACCGAGGAAAAGAUAGAUGCGGUGCUGCAGAAAUUCCUGCGUGACUUGAAGGCCGACAAGCUAGAGGAGAAUGGGUGGUCCACGAUGCUGCCUGCAUACAGCAUAUCAAAGGCAGCCCUGAACGCCUACACAAGAGUUCUUGCAAAGAACUACCCUUCAAUGUGCAUCAACUGUGUCCAUCCAGGGUACGUUAACACAGACAUCAACUGGCACACUGGGCCGAUGACUGUGGAAGAGGGGGCCAGGGGACCUGUCAUGUUGGCUCUCCUGCCUGAGGGAAGCCCGACGGGGUGUUACUUCGACCAGACAGAGGGAGCUGGGUUUUAAGAUGGGUCGAUUUCCUUCUGGUUCAGUUUCAGAGGCUGCCCCAUUUAAGUUUGAGAUAUGAUUUAGGGUCCAUAGACCGAACGGCCUUAGAAUUUACUGAUUUUCGUGAUUUAGAGAAUAACAUGCGACCUUGUCUAUGGAAAAUGCCCUGUUUUUGCUCCC